CGCACGGUUACGUCAGUUUCAGCAGCCAAUGAGCGCCUGCCUAGCAUCUCCCUGACAAAUAUGGAUGACAGGACAACGCGAGUAAACGGCUGUCAGAGUUCCGCCCACCUCUGCACGGGCCCUUAAAACAUGUCCACAGAUGACAGCGUCUCUGAGGACGUGUCUAGCUCGGGGCCCCACAGUCUCUGCCGGGCCGGCGGCGGCGGCAAGGAGAGCGAGGCGUCUCCGCUGUCCUCCGAGGCUACCACAGCAUCUGGGCUGGGGGUUUCUGAGGGCAGGCGUUCAGACUCCCAGACCACAGGGGGCACUGUGGCCAACCGGACCGUCAAGGGCACUCCGGCGUGCAAUAAAAUCAGGGGUCUUUGUCUGAGUCCCGAGGAUGACGCGUUCGCUCCGGGCAAGAACCUCCCGUUCAUCAACCCGAGCUCCCUGGAGACCCUUCGAGCCCUGGUGGAGGAGAUUCGCAGCAGCGGCGAGACGGACCCGCAGCUGUGGAAGGACUGCGAGGGCCGAUGGCUGCAUCUGUUUCAGCUGGUGGAGAAGCAAUAUCAGGAGCAAAUCCUUGCUCAGCAAGAACAGUACCAGUGCCAAAUCCAGUUGAUUCAAGACGAGAUCAAGGCGCUGGUGACCGGCGACUGCGCCUUGACCACUCGCGCGCCCAGCGACAGUGACAGCCUGGCCACCCCCGCCGCCCCCUCGCCGUUCGGCUCCCCCUCGCCGCCUCGCAGGCCCGACGGCGCCGACGAGCGGGCCGCCACGGGGCUCAGCAGCGGCUACGGCACGCUGUCCGCCUGGGAGUCGGCAGAGACGCAAGAGCCCCGCUGGUCCCGAGAUGCCCGUACCGCUCCGGCGGCGCGGGACCGCGCCGAGUCUCGGGACGAGGCGGAGCCGUCGGCAGCCGGUCAGCGCAAAACCUCGGGUCAGGGUCUGACCUCCUGGGCUUUGAGGCAGAAAUUGCGAGGCAAGAAGAUCAAGACGGGAGCCUCCCAAAUUCCCGAGUACGAGGAGCUGCCGCGCAGCCCGGGGCAGUCAGGUCCCGCCGACUCCCGCCGCCCGGCCGCCUCUUCGCCCUCGGCCUCUUUUGGGAUGCGGAGGAGCGACAGCCUUUUGUCUGAGGCCUCAGGGCUGACCUACUGGCGUCUGAACGAGUGCGACCUCUAUCACCGUCUGCCCGAUGCCCUCGACGCCGACGGCAGCGGCGCCGCUUUCUUCCUGCAGGAAGCUCCCGCCCAUCAGGCCGAGGACCUUGGUGUUUCUCUGCGAGAGCUCUACCAUCACAAACGCAGGGCGGACGUCAAACGUGGCGCGUGGGAACGCUCCGGGACUUCCACUCCGUUAUCUCUGCGGCCGCCGCUCGCGGAGGCAUCGCGGCCCACCUCGCCGGCGCCUCUCAGCCUCGGCGGCGUCUCCGACGCAUCGCAGGAAGUCCCGUCGUCCGUCCCGUCGUCCGUCCCGCGGACGAGGACUGGCGAGGAGAAGGACGAGGAAGAGGUCACGCGUGCCCGCGGUUCCACUCUGAGGCCCGCUUCCGCUUCCCUCGAAGAUCCCGUCAUCCUCUCUCUGCUACGACAGAACUUGCGAGAGAAGCACUCGCGACACGUGGCCGACCUGAAGGCGUAUUAUGAGUACGAAAUUCAAGUCCUGCGAGACAAGUUGCAGCUCCAAGAUCCCCCCCCCGCAGACCUGGAGAGGAGCAACCGGAUGCUCUCAGACAGGUGUCGGCAUCUGGACAAAGCUCUGGCCGAAGCGGGGAGACGCAUCGAGCGGCUGGAGGAAAGCAACGCCGCGCUGGAGAAACGGCUGGCCGAGUGGCCCGAGCGCUACGCGGUGGCGGGCGCCACCGUCAAGUCGCUGCGUCGGCGUCUGGAGGACGGCAAGCGCUCGGCCAAGGAGAAGGCGGCGGCCGUGGCCGAGGCGCGACGGCAGAUUGACGACAGCGAGGCCGGGAGGGAACAGGAGCUCCGGGCCAAGAAAGAGCUUCUUGCGCAAUACAACCGCUUGCUGAAGGAAAACGACAGACUAAAGAGCAACUUGCUGUCAACGGAGGACAAACUUGACCAAGCCAACGAUUCCAUUUCAGACUUAAAAAGAACCGUUUCGAAGCUGGAGUCUCAAGUGCGGCAGUUGGAGCAUGAGCACCGGGCCGGGGCGCGCCGCACUCCCUGCGCCGCCCCCCAGCCGUCCGCAGCCGGUCUCUUCCGCCAUCCCGACCUCCUGCGCUCACCCGGCAGUGGCAACGCAGAGCCGGACGUCGCCUGCCGCCGGUCACCCCGUCCGGAGGUCCAACGGCCGGCGGCCGCUGCAAAGUCUGCCUUCCCCUCCGAAACUUUGAUGAGAUGCACGGCCCCCCGAGACCCCGACCAAACGCCGUCCACGUCCAGAGCGCGGGAGGAGGGCGCCGGGAUCUUGACGCCCAUCAUGAGGGCGCUGAUCGAGAUGGAGGAGACGCGCGCCACCGAGACCAGAGCCCCCUGGCCCGCCAAUCACACAACGUCACUUGGCGGCAGCGGAGGUCCGCUAAGAAGUCAGAGGAGUUUGUCUCCGGACGGCCAUCGCUCGUCCUCGCUGCCUCCGCCAGGACUACGGAGCGCCGUCGCGACCACGCCCGCCAAGAGAGAGACCUUACUUGCACCAUUGCCAGCCAAGGGCAGCCCCAAGCGCUGCCCCACCGAGAACUACUCCACCGCCUUUGGUCACAUGAUGCCACGGGAGGAGCAUCUCAGCAACAGGUGUGAUGCACAUGCCGACCACACGAGGCGCCACUCGUUCCACAGCGGCAGUCCCAGGAAGAAACUGCACUUUGGAUCAGCUGACCGUCAUGGUACGAAAGUGGAUCAAAAUGGUAAAAUAGACUUGACGGGACUACGGUUUUCGCCGCGUGCAGCUGCUGCUGUGGUGUCAGAGCCCCCCGUCCGUGGUGAUGCGCAGCUGCCGUGUGAAGACGGAAGAGGAUACCCGGAAGGAAGCCCGGCCUCUGACAACAAAGCUCUGUCCUUGGCGGAGGCCGAAAGGCUUUUUGAUGAGCUCACACAGGAGAAACUUGAGAUCGAGGCGUCUCUAAGCCGCAUGCCGCCGCCGUCGUCGGGCGGACGAGUGAGCAGGAAGACCAGGCUGGACCAGGUGGCCUUAGAGGAGCGUCUGGAGCGUCUCAACCGAGACCUUGGGUCAAUCCGCAUGACGCUCAAGAGGUUCCAUGUACUGCGCUCCUCUGCCAGCCUAGCAGCAUGCUAAUGUUAGCAUCUUUUUAACCUAUCACUCAGGGAUACUUUUUAUACGUCUUUUCUGGAAGUCUAUAUUUUUAGUACCACGCAGAUUUUGUUUUUUUAAAGGACGUGUAUAUAAAUAUAUAUAUUUCUGAUCAAGGCUGUUUCACACAGUCGCAAUAAUUUCGUCAUGCUCUUGUUUACAUCAUUUACAUUGAAUGAAAUACUUUUGUGUUACUUGACAUUCCGACUUUUUUUUUUAUUAUCCCCAAACACGUGAUUAUUUUUGUUAGUUUUAUAGCAGAGCCAGCACAAUCAUCUCUACACUCAGCCUUUUUUAUGCCUAUCCAAAUUGUCCUUGGCAACUAUUAAUUAAUAUGAGCCUCAUUGCACAAUAAAUUCUGUUUAUUUUCUA